GUAUUCUUUUGAGAACCAGUACAGAAAGGCCACGUAGCUAUUAAACCGUAAUCUCGUCACACCCGCGAGUUAUUCGAUCUCGCCUCUUAAUUCUCGAGGACAACCUAAAAGGAGCCUUCGAGCGUCUCUAAUGGCGGCGUCGAUCGCCUGAAGCCGGGAUUAUCAGAACGCUCACCUCCUCAACCCCUUCCCAAUUCUGGUAACUUUCUAGAAGCUAAGGUACACCACACAACAUGGCGGGAGAUCCCCAUAGAAGGUUAGAGAGCAUCAUGAGCAAGCUCUCACAAUCCGCUUCGCCGAGAGCGAAGAAGCCCUCGACGCCCAGCGACGGAAUUGGGAGAAAGGAGGAGGAAACGGGGCUUAGGAUUCCGAGGAGUACGAUGGGAUCGGCUCCACAGUGCAGGCCGUGGGAUCGAGGGGAUCUGAUUAGGAGACUGGCGACUUUCAAGGCCAUGACUUGGUUUGGGAAGCCCAAGGCUAUCAGCCCAGUCAAUUGUGCGAGAAGGGGUUGGAUUAAUGUAGAGAUGGAUGUCAUUUGUUGUGAAGCAUGUGAAGCUCGCCUCUUAUUUUCGACCCCAUCCUCUUGGAGAUUGCAGCAAGUUGAAAAGGCUGCUGCAGUUUUCAGCUUAAAGUUGGAUAAUGGACAUAAAUUGUUAUGCCCAUGGAUUGAUAAUGCUUGUGAUGAAAAAUUGGCAUUAUUUCCGCCAGCACCUCCUCCAGCUUUGGUUGAUAGCUACAAAGAACGGUCAGCAGCACUUCUAAAGCUUACGGCUCUUCCUGUUAUUUCAUCCUCAGCCUUCAAUUACAUGAAAAGCGCCCAGCUAGAAAGCUUCUUAUCACAGUCCUUGCUUCCAUCUGUUACCUUUAACAAUGGCAUCAGGCUCACAGAUAAUCCUGGAGGCAAGGAUUUUGUGGGUGCAUCAAAAAAUUCUACUGCUAGUGUAUAUUACCAGGCACAGAAGAUAAUUAGUUUAUGUGGAUGGGAAGCUUGUUUGCUUCCUUAUGCUGUUGAUAGUGAAGACUGUCCAUCUGAAUCUUUAGGAGAGAUACUUGGUGAAAAGAGAACUAGUACCAUAGUUUACACAGGUGAAUCUGGUGAGGUUGGAGGGAACAGUAGCCACCCUUCUCUUGGUGAAGAUCAAUAUGAUCCAGGAUCAGUUGUUUUAGACUGCAAGUUUUGUGGAGCCCGUGUAGGAUUGUGGGCCUUUGAAACUGUACAACGCCCUCUGGAAUAUUUCACUUUAAUUGCAGAUGGUGACCAAAAUGAGUCGGCCACAAGAUGCACAAAUCUGCUUAAAAGUCUUGAUGCUUCAAAGGCUGAGAGCUGGAGGAAGGAUCAUCAAGAUAUUGGUUCAACUUCUAAAGAGAGACCAUUGGGCUUAAACUUGACGAUUGCAGGUGGCCCUCCACCAACUAAACAAAAUUUUAGACCUAUUGUUUCUUUUCCCAUUGUCAGCCGGCAUUUGAGGGUUGAGAUUGCUUCUGUAUCUCGUAUCAAAGAUUAUUCGUCGUCUCCACUUUCUUGUGAGAAUCAUGAGAACACUCAGUUCCAUUUGCAGAAUGAUGUUUCAUCUCAACAGCAGAAGGAUCUUAAUGGUGAUGUGGAUGCUAGAUUGUUGAAGCGUAAAAGAAACGGAAAAGAAGUUGAUGGUUCUGAAAAUGAUCAUGUUAGUGAUCCAUCUCAUUCAAAGGAGGAACUUCAGGUCUUGGGAAAUGGAUUUGGAACUGGAGAAAAGCAUAGUGGCGUUGCUUUUGAAAGUAAGAGAGAUAAUACUCAGGAAGUUCACUCAUUGCAUGGAGGUACAGAUGGCAAUGUAAAUUCUGAAGAAGUCACACAUUAUACAGAUGAAGAGACACACAGAAGUAAUAUAAACUCUGAAGGCACUGGGAGAAAUAUUGUGCAAUUGGAAACAGAGGUUACCAAUAGUGUUGAAGACAGGAGAAGUAUUUGUACAGCUUCCAAUGCAAAUCUUGUCCUCAGAAAUUAUGAUGCAUCUGAAAACAACUCACUUGUAGACUUAGGAGAUACCCACAAUUCAGAUGAUGGUACCAUACUAACUAGGGCUAGGACUUCUGAAAAUGAUCAUGGUGAUCCCUUGGAUAUUGCAUCUUGUUCAGCUAUCAAUGCAACUUUGCCAACUAGCAAAAGUCUGGAUACAGAAAUAGGUAAUGGAAGUUCCAGCUUUAAGAACCAUCAGAUGAUGAAGGCCCGUGAAGGAAACAUCAGUGGAUGGGAGGGUAUGCUAGCACCUGCUAAGAUGGAUGCAAAAGAUGAUCCAGGUUUGGGGAACAAUCAGGUGCAGAGGUGGCAUGGUAAGAUUCGCGAAUUUGAUCCAAUCAGGCAACACAGACCUUUUUGCCCAUGGAUUGCUCCAGAGGAUGGUGAAAGCUUGCCUGGAUGGAGACUGACACUCAAUGCUUUAGUUCAACAGCAGAAAGAUUCUUCUUCAGAUCAACAACAAUUGGAUUCUUACUCAACUUCAAUCGAUGAGGGAGAUGAUCCCAUUGUUUCUAUAAGAAAGCUGUUCAUGUCCCCACCCGCCAAAAGAUUGAAGGGGUCACGCUGAUUAGCCAUCGGCAUUCAAAGGAGAUCUGUGCACUGUAGACUAUUCAAAGCAGUGUGAAAUCUGAUGUCAGUAAACAGAUCAAUGGUCUCUCUGAGCCUAAUAUGUAUGUAGUUGGCUGAAGGUCCUCUUGCUUGCAUCAAUCGGAAUAUUAUUUGGCACCCAACCUUGUAAAAGUAAUCUGGGUGAAUGAUAUGCAUGAAAUUUUGAUCCCUUUGUUUCAUUCUUGACAUGGAAAUGAGCCUUUUUUUUCCCCCUGAGUAGAGUACCCAAA